ACAAAAUUUCUGGAGCUUCGAUAAUUCGUACUCUAAAAUCCAUACCCUUAUCCCACCAGCGCCUGCGCAAUCCCACGCAAGUUAGCAGCCAGCAGCAUUCGCCAUGAUCUGCCAACGGUGUCUCCAGCGAGCCUCGGCGCUCAGCUCGCGCGUACCUAUUAGAACCCCGGCCCCGUUCCUACGGCCGUUCUCCAGCACGAUAGCGCGCCGGACGUCUUCUCCCGCUCCCGAACCACCCUCCCCGUCUACGAGCGGAUCGCCCGUGUUCAGCACGCCGCUAGCCGACGUCGCCACCGAGGAAAAGCCUGCGCUGUCAGCUUGUCCGGAGGGAACCGUAAUGACGGGCCUUAAUUACUUCAAAAACCGGACAGAUCCUGUUGCGCUGGCCGACGAUGCGUAUCCGGCGUGGCUGUGGAAGUGUCUAGAGGUGCAAAAGAAGGCGGACGAGGAGGCUGACGACGAUGCCGGUGAUGAAUUCUCAAAAUCCAAGAAACAGCGACGUCUAGCCGCCAAGCGACAACGAACCAUAGAAGCCCGUCUCCUAGCCGAGGGCAACCUCGAAGCCCUGGCGCCCAAGAUCCCACUACAGCACCAGAGUAUCAACUUGCCCGCCAACGAAGAGGGCACGACAGUGGGCGCCGUCGCGGCGCAGCAAGCGAGAGAGGAUCUGCGCAAGGCUAUGCGCAAGGAGCGGAGGGCCAAGAUCAAGGAGAGCAAUUACCUCAAGAGCAUGUAAUCUAUGGCUUACGGUGUGGUCUGGAUUGUAACCUACGAACUCUACUUCGGAGUGCCCCUUAUGAUAAAAAAUGGGCGAGGAAGGGGGAAACGACAGACGAGCGAGUUCACGCGGAUAGCGGAGCUGAACGCUGCGUCGCUUUUCUGCCCGAGAUGUAUGUACUAUACGCCACUAGACCUGUAUACAAAUAAAAUAUACCAAAGGACAGACACUAUUUACUGUAACAGACAGUUCAACGCCAUGUAUAUCGAAUCUUCGCCGUCACAAACCA